GAGAGAGAGAGAGAGAGAGAGAGAGAGAGAGAGAGAGGAUGUUUGACCAAAUGAGAUCAGUAUCAGGCAGGACCACCUAGACUGUCAUGGGACUGUCCUCGGGGCAGUGACUUAGCUUAGCUUUGUGUUCUUACUGUUGUCGCCGCCUGGUUCCCGGGUUCCUGUCAGAAGUGCCCCCGAAGCGAUGGCCUCAGAAGUGGUCUGUGGACUGAUCUUCAGGCUUCUGCUCCCUGUCUGCCUGGCAGUUGCGUGUGCUUUCCGGUACAAUGGGCUUUCAUUUGUCUACCUCAUCUACCUCUUGCUCAUUCCUCUGUUUUCAGAACCCACCAGAACGACAAUGCAAGGACAUACGGGACGCUUGUUAAAGUCCCUGUGUUUCACCAGUCUAUCAUUCCUGUUGCUGCAUAUUAUCUUUCACAUUACAUUAGCUAGCCUGGAGGCUCAACAUCGGAUCGCACCUAAUUAUAACUGCUCAACAUGGGAGAAGACAUUUCGUCAGAUUGGCUUUGAAAGCUUGAAGGGAGCAGAUGCUGGCAAUGGGAUCAGAGUAUUUGUACCAGAUAUCGGAAUGUUCAUUGCUAGUUUGACCACAUGGCUCGUUUGCAGAAAUAUUGUACAGAAGCCAAUGCCAGAAGAUGCAGCCCAGUACAACAUGCAGUUUGAAAAUGAAGAAAUGGCUGGAGGAGAAAAAGCUAGUUCUGAAGAAGCCUUGAUAUAUGAAGAGGAUUUAGAUGCAAGAGAUGCUAUUGAAGGGGAAUUGGAAGAAAGUACAAAAUUAAAAAUAUUGCGUAGGUUUGCCUCACUUGCUUCCAGAUUGAAAGAGUUCAUUGGCAAUAUGAUCGCUACUGCUGGAAAAGUUGUUGUGACCAUCUUACUUGGUUCAACAGGUAUGAUGUUACCGUCUUUGACUUCAUCAGUAUAUUUCUUUGUAUUUUUGGGACUAUGCACAUGGUGGUCUUGGUGCCAGACUUUUGACCCACUGAUAUUCAGCUGCCUUUGCGUUUUAAUGGCCAUCUUCUCUGCUGGGCACUUGAUUGGACUUUAUUUGUACCAGUUCCAGUUCUUUCAGGAAGCAGUUCCACCUGGAGACUACUAUGCAAGGUUAUUUGGCAUCACAUCAGUAAUCCAAACAAACUGUUCAAGCACUUGGAAGAUCAUAGUACACCCAAAGUUGUCCUGGUAUCAUCAUGCCAACCCCAUCCUAUUGCUGGUGACAUACUAUACUCUGGCAACUCUGAUUCGACUCUGGCUACAAGAACCCAUUGUUCAGGAUGAUGAAACCAAUGAUGAAGAUAAAGAUAUGUCUUGCAGUCCCGUGCAAAUCACUGCAGAAAGAAGGCGAAGUUUGUGGUAUGCAACCCACUACCCAACUGAUGAGAGAAAACUGUUGUCCAUGACCCAAGAUGACUACAAACCAUCUGAUGUCCUGUUGGUCACUGUGAAUGGUGCUCCUGUUGAUUACCACACCAUACACCCUAGCCUGCCCAUCGAGAAUGGGCCAGCCAAAGCUGACAUGUAUUCUACACCACAAUACAAAUGGGAGCCAUCUGAUGAAACAUCAGAAAAGAAAGAGGAAGAAGAAGACGAAGAUGAAGAAGAAGAAAAGAGGAGCCAAGAGGAAAAGCCAAAUGUUAAAGUACAUGCCAUGGUCUCUGUGUUCCAGUUUAUUAUGAAACAGAGUUACAUCUGUGCCCUCAUUGCCAUGAUGGCCUGGAGUAUUACAUAUCAUAGCUGGCUGACCUUUGUGCUAUUGAUUUGGUCUUGCACUCUUUGGAUGAUUCGCAACAGAAGAAAAUAUGCAAUGAUCAGUUCUCCUUUCAUGGUUGUUUAUGGGAAUCUACUACUGACAUUACAAUACAUAUGGUCUUUUGACCUUGAAGAAAUUAAAGAGGUUCCAGGUUUUCUAGAAAAAAAAGCACCAGGGGAACUUGCAUCAAAGAUUCUUUUCACCAUUACUUUCUGGCUGCUGCUAAGACAGCACCUCACAGAGCAAAAAGCUCUUCGAUUAAAGGAAGCUCUUUUAUCUGAGGUCAAAAUUGGAAGCCAGGAAGAUGAGGAAAAAGAUGAUGAACUACAAGACGUGCAAGUGGAAGAAGAGGCCAAGGAAAAGGAAGAAGAUAAAGGAAAGAUAAAAAAGCAGGAAAGCAAGAAAGAAGAAGAUCAUGAUGAAGAUGAUGAUGACCAGGACAUCAUGAAAGCGAUGGGAAAUUUGGUGAUGGCCAUGUUCAUUAAAUAUUGGAUUUACGUUUGUGGAGGAAUGUUCUUCUUUGUCAGCUUUGAGGGUACAAUCGUAAUGUACAAAAUCAUCUACAUGGUGCUCUUCCUGUUUUGUGUGGCCUUGUAUCAGGUCCACUAUGAAUGGUGGAGGAAGAUACUAAAAUAUUUUUGGAUGUCAGUAGUUAUUUACACUAUGCUGGUGCUUAUCUUCAUAUACACAUAUCAGUUUGAAAAUUUCCCAGGCCUAUGGGAGAAUAUGACAGGAUUGAAUCAAAAAAAGCUAGAAGAUCUUGGUUUGAAGAAGUUUACUAUUACAGAGCUAUUUACUCGCAUAUUUAUCCCAACUUCCUUCUUGCUGGUGUGUAUAUUACACCUUCAUUAUUUUCAUGACCACUUCCUGGAGCUCACAGACCUAAAGUCUAUACCCAGCAAAGAGGACAACACCAUCUACAGACUGGCGAAUCCAGAAGGAAGCCUUCCAGACCUCGCCAUGAUGAAUCUGACUGCAAGCAUGGAAAAGGAGGCAAUGAAGAAGCUUGAAGAGGAUGGUCAGGAGAAGACAGAAGAGUACUAUGAGGAAGAGGAAAAAGGUGAGGAUAGAAAAGACAGUGAAGAUGAGGAAGAGGAAGAUGAAGAUGGAGAGGAGGAAUCCGAGGAAGAAGAAGAAACUUCAGAUUUAAGAAACAAAUGGCAUCUAGUAAUUGACCGCCUCACAGUACUAUUCUUAAAAUUCCUGGAGUACUUUCACAAGCUGCAGGUUUUCAUGUGGUGGAUUUUGGAAUUGCACAUCAUCAAAAUUGUUUCAUCAUAUAUCAUCUGGGUAACAGUAAAAGAGGUGUCUGUCUUCAACUAUGUAUUUUUGAUUUCUUGGGCUUUUGCUCUGCCAUAUGCCCAACUACGCCGUCUGGCUUCAAGCAUCUGCACUGUCUGGACAUGUGUGAUUAUUGUCUGCAAGAUGUUAUACCAGCUUACCACCAUUGAUCCUGCCAAAUUUUCUGUUAAUUGUACUUGGCCAAAUGAAAAUCAAACAAAUAUAAAUUUAACACAUUUGAACACAUCCAUGCUCUACAGCGGUCCCAUUGAUCCAUCAGAGUGGGUUGGACUGAGAAAAUCUUUUCCAUUGCUUGUAUACCUCAGGAAUAAUCUAUUGAUGCUAGCUAUUCUGGCCUUUGAAGUAACUAUUUACCGCCAUCAGGAAUAUUAUAGAUGUAGAAAUAAUCUUACAGCACCUGUGUCUAAAACCAUUUUUCAUGACAUUACAAGAUUGCAUCUGGACAAUGGACUCAUCAGUUGUGCCAAGUAUUUCAUAAACUACUUUUUCUACAAGUUUGGGUUGGAGACCUGUUUCCUAAUGUCAGUCAAUGUAAUUGGCCAGAGAAUGGAUUUUUAUGCUAUGAUUCAUGCCUGUUGGUUAAUUGCUGUAUUAUAUCGGCGAAGAAGAAAAGCUAUUGCAGAGAUCUGGCCAAAAUACUGCUGCUUUCUGGCAUGCAUCAUCACAUUCCAGUACUUCGUGUGUAUUGGCAUUCCACCUGCUCCUUGUAGAGAUUAUCCGUGGAGAUAUCAUGGUGCCAGAUUUGACAACAACAUCAUAAAGUGGUUAUAUUUUCCAGAUUUCAUUGUACGGCCCAACCCAGUUUUUCUUGUCUAUGACUUCAUGCUGCUGCUGUGUGCCUCCUUACAACGGCAAACUUUUGAGGAUGAAAACAAAGCUGCAGUACGGAUCAUGGCUGGGGAUAAUGUGGAAAUCUGUAUGAGCCUUGAUGCAGCAUCUUUUAGCCAGCAUAACCCUGUGCCAGAUUUCAUUCACUGCCGGUCUUACUUGGACAUGUACAAAGUGGUUAUCUUUAGUUAUCUCUUCUGGUUUGUUCUUACAAUCAUCUUCAUUACUGGAACCACUAGGAUCAGCAUAUUCUGCAUGGGUUAUUUGGUGGCCUGUUUCUAUUUCCUGCUGUUUGGGGGAGAUUUGCUGUUGAAACCCAUCAAAAGCAUCCUCCGCUAUUGGGACUGGCUGAUUGCGUACAAUGUUUUUGUGAUUACAAUGAAAAAUAUACUGUCAAUUGGAGCAUGUGGUUACAUUGAGUCCUUGGUUAACAACAGCUGCUGGUUGAUUCAAGCCUUCAGCCUGGCCUGUACAGUCAAAGGCUACAAAAUGCCUCUUGAUAAUAAGGAAUGUAAAUUGCCCAGUGGUGAGGCUGGAAUUAUCUGGGACAGUAUAUGUUUUGCAUUCCUUUUGCUGCAAAGAAGAGUUUUCAUGAGUUAUUAUUUCCUCCACGUGGUUGCUGACAUAAAAGCUUCACAAAUUCUGGCAUCAAGAGGUGCUGAACUUUUCCAGGCUACAAUUGUAAAGGCUGUGAAAGCAAGAAUGGAAGAAGAGAAAAAAUCAAUGGACCAGCUAAAGAGACAAAUGGACCGCAUUAAAGCCAGGCAACAGAAAUACAAAAAGGGGAAAGAGAGAAUGCUGAGUUUGACCCAGGAGUCAGGUGAAGGACAGAGUCUUCAAAGAGUCUCUGAAGAGGAUGAUGAAAGAGAAGCAGACAAACAGAAAGCCAAGGGCAAAAAAAAGCAGUGGUGGCGGCCUUGGGUUGAUCAUGCUUCCAUGGUCAGGAGUGGAGAUUAUUAUUUGUUUGAGACGGACAGUGAAGAGGAAGAAGAAGAAGAAGAAAAAAAAGAGGAAGAACCACCAAGAAAGUCAGCAUUCCAGUUUGUUUAUCAGGCCUGGAUUACUGAUCCCAAAACAGCUCUCAGACAGAGAAGAAAGGAGAAGAAAAGGUCUGCAAGAGAAGAGCAAAAACGGAGGUGGAAAGGAUCUGGGGAGGGUCCUGUGGAAUGGGAAGACCGAGAAGAUGAACCAUUAAAAAAGAAAUCUGAUGGUCCAGAUAACAUCAUCAAAAGGAUAUUCAAUAUUUUAAAGUUUACCUGGGUCCUCUUUUUGGCAUCAGUGGAUAGUUUUACGACUUGGCUUAAUUCAAUUUCACGGGAGCACAUCGAUAUAUCUACAGUGUUAAGAAUUGAGCGAUGCAUGCUGACCAGAGAAAUUAAAAAGGGCAAUGUUCCAACUCGGGAGAGCAUCCAUAUGUACUAUCAGAACCACAUUAUGAAUCUUUCUAGAGAGUCUGGACUGGACACAAUUGAUGAAAACCCUGGUGCUGCUUCAGGCUUAAAAACAGCCCGAAGAAUGGAUAGCUUAGAUUCUCAUGACAGUAUUUCCAGCUGCUACACUGAAGCAACCUUGCUGUUCUCAAGGCAGUCCACCCUUGAUGAUUUAGAUGGACGAGAAACUAUUCCUAAAACAAGUGAGCGGGCCCGACCUAGGCUUCGUAAAAUGUACAGCUUGGAUAUGUCCUCUUCAUCAGCUGACAGUGGCAGUUUAGCAUCAAGUGAGCCCACCCAGUGUACCCUGCUAUAUUCUCGCCAGGGGACAACUGAAACUAUUGAGGAAGUAGAAGCAGAGCAAGAAGAAGAAGUGGUGGGCCCCCUGCCUGAGCUAAAAGAUGAAGAAGAUGAUGAGUACGAUGAGGACUCAGUAGAGGUGGAUCUCACCUCAGAUGCUGAGUUGCCGCAGUAUUCCACUAUGGAUACCGCGGAUACAAUGGAUACUGUGGAUGGUGAUGUAGAGGCCCCACCUUCCUACAGCAAAGCAGUGAGCUUUGAGCGCCUCUCCUUUGGCUCCCACGAUGACUCUGAUGACAAGAACCAUAUGGUUGUGAGUCCAGAUGACAGCCGGACAGAUAAGUCGGAGAUAAGCAUUCCGCUCCCUUUGACACAUGAGCUGACAGCCAGUGAGCUGCUUUUAAACAAGAUGUUUCAUGAUGAAGAGUUAGAAGAGUCAGAAAAAUUUUACGUUGACCAACCUCGAUUCUUGCUCCUGUUUUAUGCUCUCUACAACACUUUAGUGGCGCGCUCAGAAAUGGUGUGUUAUUUUGUGAUUAUCCUCAAUCACAUGAUCUCGGCUUCCAUGAUUACCCUUGUACUUCCUAUCCUUAUCUUCCUCUGGGCCAUGCUGUCAGUCCCUAGGCCCAGUAGGCGUUUCUGGAUGACAGCCAUUGUCUAUACAGAGGUGGCCAUUGUUAUCAAAUAUUUCUUCCAAUUUGGUUUCUUUCCCUGGAACAAGAAUCUGGAUUUCUACAAAGACAAGCCAUACCAUCCGCCAAACAUCAUUGGAGUGGAGAAAAAAGAGGGUUAUGUGCUUUAUGAUCUUAUUCAGCUCCUAGCUCUUUUCUUCCACCGAUCAAUUUUAAAGUGUCAUGGUUUAUGGGAUGAAGAUGAUACUGUUGACACUGGGACCAAUAAGGAUGAUUCUGAUGAUGAACUCUCACUUAACACGGGAAGAAGAGAUUCCUCUGACUCAUUGAAAUCUAUCAAUCUCGCAGCAUCAGUGGAAUCAGUUCAUGUCCACUUCCCAGAGCACCAGGCAGCCGUCAGACGAAAGAGUUCUAGCACCACCUCACACCUAUCCCACAGAUCUAGCUCCUCCUCAAAUAGGUCCAAGAGAGGCAGCACCAGUACUCGGAACAGUAGUCAGAAAGGAAGCAGUGUACUCAGCAUUAAGCAAAAGAGUAAAAGGGAAUUGUAUAUGGAAAAGUUCCAAGAACACCUCAUCAAAGCAAAAGCAUUCACUAUAAAGAAGACCCUCCAGAUAUACGUACCCAUCCGACAGUUCUUUUAUAACCUCAUCCACCCAGACUACAGCGCUGUGACUGAUGUGUAUGUGCUUAUGUUUCUUGCUGACACCGUGGACUUCAUCAUCAUUGUGUUUGGCUUUUGGGCCUUUGGGAAACACUCAGCAGCAGCAGAUAUCACAUCUUCACUGUCAGAGGACCAGGUCCCAGAGGCAUUUUUGGUAAUGGUGCUCAUUCAAUUUGGAACCAUGGUGGUAGACCGAGCAUUAUAUCUCCGGAAGACUGUAUUGGGAAAGGUGAUUUUCCAGGUCAUUCUUGUAUUUGGAAUACAUUUCUGGAUGUUCUUCAUCUUGCCAGGUGUGACUGAGAGGAAAUUCAGCCAGAACCUGGUUGCUCAGCUUUGGUAUUUCGUGAAAUGUGUUUAUUUUGGCCUGUCUGCCUACCAGAUUCGCUGUGGCUAUCCAACGCGGGUACUGGGAAACUUCCUCACCAAAAGUUACAAUUAUGUCAACCUCUUCUUAUUUCAAGGGUUCCGCCUGGUUCCAUUCUUGACUGAAUUGAGAGCUGUGAUGGACUGGGUGUGGACAGAUACCACUCUGAGCCUUUCCAGCUGGAUCUGUGUAGAAGACAUUUACGCUCACAUAUUUAUUCUGAAGUGCUGGAGGGAGUCUGAAAAAAGAUACCCCCAGCCUCGAGGACAGAAGAAAAAGAAGGUUGUGAAGUAUGGCAUGGGAGGCAUGAUCAUUGUCCUGUUGAUUUGUAUUGUCUGGUUCCCCCUCCUUUUCAUGUCUCUGAUCAAAUCUGUUGCUGGAGUCAUCAACCAGCCCCUGGAUGUCUCCGUCAAGAUAACUCUGGGAGGUUAUCAGCCUAUUUUCACAAUGAGUGCUCAACAGAGCCAGCUGAAACUUAUGGAGCCAACUUUGUUCAAAGCAUUUCUAAGGAAUUAUUCAACAAAUACUAAUGCUAUGCAAUUUCUGGAAAAUUAUCAAAGAGAAGACAUAACAAUAGUUGAACUGGAAGGAAAUUCAAAUUCUUUGUGGACCAUCAGCCCUCCCAGUAAGCUGAAAAUGAUAAAAGAACUCAAGGAUUUUGAUAAUAGCUUCUCUCUUGUUUUUUCAUGGAGUAUUCAGAGAAACCUAAGUCUGGGUGCAAAAUCAGAAAUAGCAUCAGAUAAGCUUUCUUUUAACCUUGAAAAUGAGACCAGAAUUUCUAUCGCAAACAUGAUGUCUGACUCUAAAACUACAGCGACACCAGCGACUAUAAAAGGGAUAUAUCCAUAUUACCUCAAAGCUCCUAGUGAUGCCAAUACAAAACCCAUAAAGCAGCUUUUAAAAGAUAAUAAUUUUAAAGAUAUCACCAUCAUUUUGUCCCGAGACAAUAGCAGUGUAACUGAGAAUGAGUGGUGGGUUCUCAACCAGCUUGGAAACAAGUUACAUAACAAAGAUACUCAAGGUUUGGAACUGGUGGUAUUCAACGACAAAGUUAGCCCUCCCAGUCUUGGAUUCCUUGCUGGCUAUGGUAUUAUGGGACUGUAUGCUUCUGUUGUCCUCGUGAUUGGGAAGUUUGUCCGUGAAUUCUUCAGUGGAAUCUCACACUCCAUAAUGUUUGAAGAGCUUCCAAAUGUAGAUAGAAUUUUGAAAUUGUGCACCGACAUUUUCUUAGUGAGAGAGACGGGGGAACUGGAACUAGAGGAAGACUUAUAUGCCAAACUGAUAUUCCUGUAUCGCUCACCAGAGACAAUGAUCAAAUGGACUAGGGAAAAAGACAACUGAUGCUGUGAGAUGCAAAAUGCAAAUAAAAUUGACAUUUAAUUUUUUUUUAAAAGCACAAAAUUCUCAGAAGAACCAAGUGUUUUAUAGGCAGGCAUUGGUGGCCUCUCCCAGACCUCUUGGAAUCCAUACCACCUUUCUGACUAAGGGAUGAUGGUGAAGAUUGGUUUUGAUGUUUUUAAAUUCCACUUCUAUCAAACCAUGGGAACAUGCUUUAUAAUGUUGUCAGCAGUGUCUGGCAUUGUGGCCAAGCAAAAGAGCCAUAUUUAUGAAUUCAGAGAGGACCAAGAGGGAAAGGAACAAAAAGAAAAGAUGCCCCAUGGAUGGUUAAACUGGGCCUAUAAUGGUGACACAGUUUGGGUAUACAAAAUCCAGCUUUCCAUCACUAACUGUGAAGAAGCCAUGAUGGAAAAUCAGGAGACUGCCAGCACACAAGCAGUGGGGUAUAGCAACAUGAGGCUGAGUCUCUUCGCCCUACCUGCUUCUGGCAAAACAGAGCUAUUGACACAUUGAGACCUCAAAUAGAGAACAAGCCUCAUUCUAAGCAAAAAGAUAACCUUAGUGAUAAUCUCUUACUGCCUUAUUUUAUUUGAAAAAAAAAUCAUAUGAAGAAAGUUUCCAUGAAAUAUCAAUGACUUCUCAGGAAAAAAACAAAAAACAAAAACAACAGUGAAACCCAUUUUGCUAAGAUCCUGCAAAUCGCAAACACCAAUGACGACGACUGUUUUAUGAGGUUAUUUGCUUCACACUUACUGCUCCUCAUUAGACAUAGACAUACAGUAUAAAACAAGACAGCCCAAUUAUAUAAGGAGCACUUUGACUUUAUAAAUCUUUAAUAACUGAGGUCAUAAGCAUUUUCCUGCCUUUUCCCCAUCCUUUAACAUGCUUACCCCCCCAUACUCCAUUUUGAUGAUUUAAGGCAAUGCUUUUUCCAGUAUGUGACAUUUUCCUUCCAGUUUUUCAGGUAUACCAAAGUGUUUACAUAUUCCAACUCACAUUUUUACAUCCAAGACGGGUUUUUUUAAGUUCAUAAUUAUGAAAGAAGUAUGUAUAUGAGCUUGGGGGAAAUAAAAUGGCCUUUUUCUUAAAUUAUUAUCAUUGGUGAUACAACCUCUUCAUUAAAGAACAAUGUAGCAUGAAAAUUUGUGAUUGAAAUGUAGUUUUCAUUACAUGUUAACUUAUGGUUUCAAAGACGAAUCAUUGAGCAAACUGAGGUAUGUGAAAAGAUUAUUCUGAGUAGUUUAGAUUUGGGAAUGACACAGAAAUAAAGCCCAUGUUGUAUAGUCAUUUUAAAGAUACUCAUUAUUCUGCCAUUUUGCAUGGAAUAUUUGAAAGGGGUUUGGGGGAAGUGUCUAUCCAUGGCAUAUACCCAGGAAUGAAGAAACCCCAAUGGAGAUGAAGAAUCAGGUCUUUUCCUCUUCGCUGCUAUGUAUGAACAAUGUAAUAGGUUACCACUUAGCAAAUAUCAAGGUCCUAAAUUCCAAAGAGAAAACUAUUAUAGUGAAUAUGGAGCUUUAACAGCAGAGUUCAAAUAAUGUUCAGCGCUUCAAAAUAAAUAUUGCACAUUUGUUAUUAUACUGUGAAAAGUAUCACACGUUCAACCCUACACAUGGCAUCUUGACAUAAAUUGCAUCAAACCACUGUAACAAUAAAAUUGAAUCAGUAAAUGGAAUCCUCUGGAAGACAUUCUGAUUUCCCAACAAUGUGAAGGAUUCUCAAUGUGUAUGUUUUUGAUUAUGAGUCCUUUGCUGUGAAAAAAAAUCAACCCCGUGAAUUUUCAGAGGUUAGAUUUCAUCUAGGUUAGGAAAUAAUAGUAGCAUCACCACUGGAUGUAAGUAUCACAUGGGUGUAUGGGUGUAGCAAUUGCUUUAUGGUCUUUUAUGUGCUGCCCAGACCAUGGACAGGGAUGACUGUCAACCCAAUACCCCAGUUACUUCUGCUAACUGACCCUUCUCUCAAGUUAUGUUUUGCCCAUCUAGAAAUAUGAUUUAUUUGGUAUGAGUGCCCAUGUCAAG